AUGAAUUCUCAUUAUAUUGAAGAAUACGAAGCCGCAACCCCUUUGAUUGCCUCUAUUCUAUGGGGCGACAAGACUGAGAGAAAUGAAGUUAUCAAGCAAGUCGAGGCUUUGAACAACCAGAUCUCCGCGAAAAAUACUCUUCUAAAUCUUUCAAUCGAUGAGGGGCUAAUCAUUACUCCAGCCUUCUCGAUAGCCGCAGAUAUCAUAGAGGAAGCCUCGCUGCAAUAUCUGGAAUCUCGAGACACUGUUCAAUUUUAUGAAGUCGAAAAAUAUCUCAACAGCACAAUAGAUGCAUAUCAGUUUCCUUCUACAUGGAAGAUUGAUUGGAAUCAGUUCCUUGACUACCACUUUGCCUAUACUGGGGAUCGAGGAGAGGAAAUGAUAGGGGCUUCCACAGAUGAAAAGGACCCUGGGAAAAUUCUACUACCCCCACCCUCACAGAAUAGGGUAAACACCAAGGAUAAGGGUUUUGCUGGAGGGACCUUCUCCGAAAAGUCCUCUGAUGUGAAGCCCUUCGACGGGAAGCUAUCAAGCAAGAAGCCCGCUGAAGACGAGUCCUUAGGAGAGUCGUCUGAGAAAAAGUCGUCUAGGGAAGAGCUAUCUGAGCCCGAGAAAGAAGCGUCCGAGAAAGAAGCGUCUGAGGAAGAGUCAUCCGAGGAAGAGUCAUCUGAUGAAGAGUCCGAGGAAGAAGAGACCGAGGAAGAGUCAUCCGAGGAAGAGUCAUCUGAUGAAGAGUCCGAGGAAGAAGAGACCGAGGAAGAGUCAUCCGAGGAAGAGUCAUCUGAUGAAGAGUCCGAGGAAGAGUCAUCUGAGGAAGAGUCCGAGGAAGAAGAGACCGAGGAGAAGUAUUCUGAGGAGGAAGAGUCCGAGUAUGAAGCGUCCGAGGAGAAGUAUUCUGAGGAGGAAGAGUCCGAGUAUGAAGCGUCCGAGGAGUCGUCUGAGGAGGAGGAAUCUGAGUAUGAAGCGUCCGAGGAGUCGUCUGAGGAGGAGGAAUCUGAGAAAGAGUUCGACGAAGAGUCUGAUGAGGAGCCCUACUUUGACGAAGGUGUUAAAAUUAACAAGGAAUCGAUAUCCGGCCAAGAUUCUUUACCAGACAAAGAUUCACUCGUUUCCGAUAGAGCCGGAGUGUCUUUCACUAAAAGCGUUGAUCCCGCUACAAGUCUCAGUUCUUGGAAGAAAAGUGUCUCUCUAAGCUCUAUUCGUCAGAAUGCCCAGCAGGAAUUUGGCUUUUUCCUGGCCGAAGGGUUUGUCCUGGGAAGGCUUGCCUCACCGUUUGAUAACAUGGUCAUCGUUGGUUUUACAUGCCAAAACUCCCAAACUGCUCGUUUACGACCAAGGGAGAAAUAUGACGAUCAACUUAAAGCAUCCUCCGGGGAAGAGGUAUCUUAUCGCGGGAAAUCUAAGAUAAAAGGUAUUGGACUAGUGGCUUGGGAAGCUGAGAACUGGGGUGACUCUGUCGCGGUUAUUUUUCCAGUAGAAGGUGCAGAUUAUCCGCUCACCUUCCUAUGGGUACACUGGGAGAAUGGGGAAUGGACAUGGGAGUCACGGGACUUUUUUAGGACUUUCUUGAAGGAUUUGUCUUCAUUUGAAGUCGAUGUUCUCAUCUAUCACAUUGCUACUUCACAGGAGGCUUCUUAUCAGGAGAAGAUGAAAGGAAGGCGACCCAAUUUUCCUGUUCCUCAAUAG